CUGAGAAAAAUCGUUCAGAGUUUGAAAAAUCGUGGGCUCGCUCGCUCUCGGAGCCGACCCGGAAAGUCUAGAAGAAGCGCCAAGUUUCCUUCUUUUUACUUUUCUCUUCAUCACCACGUAAACCCUAGAUUCUCCCCCCUUUUUCUUCGAUCCAGAAGAUCUUCAAAAAUCAAACACACACACUAAUCUUCUCCUCCUCUUUCGAGAAUCUGUUUCGGAGUCUCUUACCUUCGAGUCAACCGUAAUUUUCUUAAUUUCCGUCGAUCAAAAUCGUGUUUUCAAACGCCAUGUCUUUCUCCGAUUCCGGAUCCUACUCAAAUGGCGGAGAUCACAAGAGUUUCAGGCAAAUCACCCGCGAGAGAUUACUGUAUGAAAUGCUUAUGCCAGAGAAAAAUGGGACCCCCAUAUCAGUUUGGAAGGUGCUUAUUCUGGACAAGUUCACAGUGAAGGUUAUGUCAUCUGUUGCCAAAAUGUCUGAGAUCUCACAACAAGGCAUUUCUUUGGCUGAGGUCAUAACUAGACAGAGGCAACCUAUGACUUCCUUUGAUGCCAUAUACUUCAUUCAACCGACCGAAUCAAAUGUCAAUGCGUUUUUGUCUGAUAUGACUGGAAAAUCACCGCUUUACAAAAAGGCUUUCGUUUUCUUUAGCUCUCCUGUUUCGAGAAGCUUUGUUACUCUCAUCAGGAAGGACAUGAGAGCGAUGAAACGAAUUAGCGCAUUGAAAGAGAUGAACUUGGAGUACAUUAGCAUGGACAUUCAGGGGUUCGUUACGAAUAACGAAAACGCUCUGGAAGAUCUUUAUAGCGACGAGGAGAACCAUCAGAGAGCAGAUUAUUGCUUGAAUGUGGUAGCUAAACGCAUUGCUACAGUUUUGGCUUCACUAAAGGAAUACCCCUUUGUGCGCUACCGUGGAGCCAAAGCUCUUGAUGCUACAACAAUGACAACUUACCGAGAGUUGAUUCCUACAAAGCUUGCUGCUGGUGUAUGGAACUGUCUGGCAAGAUACAAACAGACAAUCGAAGAUUUUCCUCAGACUGAAACAUGUGAACUACUUAUCCUGGAUCGAUCCAUAGACCAGAUCGCACCUCUCAUUCAUGAGUGGACAUAUGAUGCAAUGUGCCAUGAUUUGCUUAAGAUGGAAGGAAAUAAAUAUACAUACGAGGUUCCGAGUAGAAGUGGUGGUGAUCCUGAAAUGAGAGAGGUUCUUUUAGAUGAAGAAGAUCCCAUUUGGGUGGAGCUUCGUGAUGUUCAUAUUGCAGAUGCAAGUGAAAGAUUGCAUGAGAAGAUGACAAACUUCGUGUCGAAGAACAAAGCCGCGCAAUUGAAACACAGUUCAAAAGACUCUGGUGACAUUUCAUCAAAAGAUUUGAAGAAGGUGGUUCACGCUUUGCCACAGUACAGUGAGCAAAUUGACAAGCUCUCACUUCAUGUAGAGAUUGCUAGAACAAUUAACAGAACAAUAAUGGAGCAAGGUCUAAGAGAACUCGGGAAGCUAGAGCAGGACCUUGUUUUUGGGGAUGCUGGAAGAAAAGACGUCAUCAAAUUCUUGAGCACCAACAAUGUUAUAAACCAAGAAAGCAAGCUACGGUUGAUGAUGAUUCUUGCCGCAAUCUACCCCAAGAAGUUUGAAGGUGAAAAGGGACGAAAGAUGAUGGAGCUAGCGAAAUUGUCGGGGGAUGAUGUAGUAGCUGUGAACAAUUUGAGAUUACUUGGACCAGUACAUACAGAAUCUAAACGGAGCACAACAGGAUCUUUCUCUCUCAAGUUUGAUGUCCUUAAGAAGCGAGCGGCUCGUAAAGACCGGGUUGGUGAAACUCAAACAUGGCAACUGUCUCGUUUUUAUCCAAUCGUAGAGGAACUUGUUGAGAAACUUAACAAAGGUCAUUUGCCAAAGCAAGACUAUCCUUGUAUGAAUGAACCAAAACCAACCUUUUAUUCUGCCUCUCAGUCUCCAUCAGCGAGUCCAGUAUUGCCUCAUUCAAGACGAACACCAACUUGGGCAAGGCGCCAUCUUUCUGAGGAUGGAUAUUUCAGUGACUCAGUUCUAGGACGAGCAUCUAGCGGAUUCAAGAAAAAGGGGCAGAGGAUUUUCGUCUUCAUAGUAGGAGGAGCAACGAGAUCUGAGCUAAGGGUUUGCCACAAACUUACGGAGAAGCUUGACAGAGAAGUUAUCCUAGGCUCCUCCAGCUUCCUUGAUCCCCAAACUUUCCUUACUAAAAUGAAACAAAUAAAUGAAGAAGAGGAGAUUUCACUGGAUGAUAUCGACAUCUAAUCUCUUGUAUUUGUUUUGGAGAGGUUUCUCCCCUUCUAGACAAUAAAUGAACCUUGUUCUAUACAUGAUGUCUUCCUUAUGUAAAUAAACCUUGUUCUAUA